GACCCACGUGUGGAGACCAGCUAGAAAAAGUGAGCAGUGGUGAUCCCAGGAAGAAUGUAAGGACCUUUUUAGCCCUGGCUGAGCCACAGAGUCUCACCUUAGCUGUUUACAGAGUCAGACCCUCAGCCUCUGCCCAGCUUCAGACACAGCUCUUCCAGGCGGCCCUGCCUCAGAACAGGGAUUGCUUCUCCAGGUAGGUGUUUGCUCACAGCAGGGUAGGACCACUGGCCCUGGCUGGUUUGCUUCUUGCCAAGGUGGCCCUGUAAUCCUGACUCUGAACCCUUGGCUCCAGCAUGUGACCCUCCCUUGCAUCUCACUUUUAAACCCUCUUACCCUUCCCGGAUCUGCUGUUGGCUGUGUUGUAACAGGUAGAGGGGCUGAGAGGUGGGUGGCAGGGCUUACCUAGUGGUGUUGGGGAGAAUGUUGAGGAGGAUGGAGGUGUUGGCCUGGGGAUGCCUAGAAUGGCAUUUGGGCCUGCUGUGGAGACAGUCCUACUGGUGAUCAGUACUGAGAAUGGAUGCUGUUAGGAAGGGUGACACUGGGGAUAACAGGAGGUGGGUGCUGAGGUCAGGGGAAAUGGGGGAAGCCAUACUGAUGCUAAUCUCCAUUUCUUUUGCCCUGCUGGUCUGUGGCGCCAGGCUGGGCUCUUGGCUUAGUGAAUUGUGAUAACUGGGUCUGGGCCUGUAAGUGGGGCCAGGGAGUUCUUCUGGGAAGAAACUUGACCCAGAGUUGAUUUUUCUUUCAUUACUGGGGUGGAGACCUGAGAAGGUUCACAGUUCUGCACACCCAAGGUUUUGGCCAAGUUAUUAUCUCCUGACUGUCUCACUCUUCUGCUUCCCUCCUCACCACUGUCUCCUAGCACACCCACACCAGGACUUCCAGACUUUCAAGGGCUACCACUGAACUGGCUAGUCCGUGUCUGACGGGUGUGGGGCACAAGGCUCCAGGGUGAGUGGCAUAGCAGGCAAGACAGGCCUUACUGGGUGCUGAUUCCUUUGCAUUUCCCCCUGGACAAUGUCAUUCGGUAAAGGAGGAAGACUGUGAGACUGGCUGGGUGCCAAGCUGUAGCCACUGCCUGACACUGCCCAGCUAAGUGGCAGCCCAGAGCCCAUGAGCAGCCAGUGACUACAGGUCAGGGACACAGUAUGGACAUGAAUGCAGCGGUGAGCACCUCAGCUCCCUUCCUCCCAACCUCAGGCACAAGCAUGGUCACAUCCACCUUCUCCUCUGUGGACUAUGUGAUAUUUGUCCUGCUGCUGGCUCUCUCCCUUGCCAUUGGGCUCUACCAUGCCUUCCGUGGCUGGGGCCGGCAUACCAUCGGCCAGCUGCUGAUGGCAGACCGCAAGAUGGGCUGCUUUCCUGUGGCACUGUCCCUGCUGGCCACCUUCCAGUCAGCGGUGGCUCUCCUGGGUGUGCCAUCUGAAAUCUACCGAUUUGGGACCCAGUAUUGGUUCCUGGGCUGCUCCUAUUUCCUGGGUCUGCUGAUCCCUGCCCACAUCUUCAUCCCUGUCUUCUACCGGCUGCAUCUCACCAGUGCCUAUGAGUACCUGGAGCUCCGAUUCAAUAAAGCAGUGCGGGUUUGUGGAACCGUGACCUUCAUCUUGCAGAUGGUGAUCUACAUGGGGAUUGUGCUCUAUGCACCAUCACUGGCCCUCAAUGCAGUGACUGGCUUUGAUCUGUGGCUGUCAGUGCUGACCCUAGGCAUUGUCUGUGCUGUCUAUACUGCUCUGGGUGGGCUGAAGGCCGUCAUCUGGACAGAUGUGUUCCAGACACUGGUCAUGUUCCUAGGGCAGCUGGCAGUUAUCAUCGUGGGCUCAGCUAAGGUGGGCGGUUUGGGGCAUGUGUGGGAGGUGGCUUCCCAGCAUGGCCGCAUCUCUGGGAUCGAGCUAGAUCCUGACCCUUUCAUGCGGCACACCUUCUGGACCCUGGCCUUCGGGGGCGUCUUCAUGAUGCUCUCUUUAUACGGGGUGAACCAGGCUCAGGUGCAGCGCUACCUCAGCUCCCGCACGGAGAAGGCUGCAGUGCUCUCCUGCUAUGCGGUGUUCCCCUGCCAGCAGGUGACCCUCUGCAUGGGCUGCCUCAUUGGCCUGGUCAUGUUCACCUAUUACCAGGAGUAUCCCAUGAGCACCCAGCAGACCCAAGCAGCCCCUGACCAGUUCGUCCUGUACUUCGUAAUGGAUGUCCUGAAAGGCCUGCCGGGCCUGCCUGGACUCUUUAUUGCCUGCCUCUUCAGUGGCUCCCUCAGCACCAUAUCUUCAGCUUUUAAUUCACUGGCAACUGUUACAAUGGAAGAUCUGAUUCGACCCUGGUUCCCUGAGUACUCUGAAGCCUGGGCCACUAGGCUUUCCAAAAUCAUUGCCUUUGGCUAUGGACUGCUUUGUCUGGGAAUGGCCUAUAUUUCCUCCCAGAUGGGACCUGUGCUGCAGGCAGCAUUCAGCAUCUUUGGCAUGGUUGGGGGGCCACUGCUGGGACUCUUCUGCCUUGGGAUGUUCUUUCCUUGUGCCAACCCCCCUGGAGCCAUAGUGGGCCUGGUAGCUGGACUCAUCAUGGCCUUCUGGAUCGGCAUUGGGAGCAUAGUGUCCAGCAUGGGCUCCAGCGUGGCAUCCUCUCCCUCUAAUGGGUCCAGCUUCUCCUUGCCCAGCAAUCUGACUGCCGUCACCAUGACCACACUGAUGCCCUUGACCACCCUCUCCAAGCCUACAGGGCUUCUGCGACUCUAUUCCCUGUCUUACAUGUGGUACAGCGCCCACAACUCGACCACAGUCAUCGUGGUGGGCCUGAUUGUCAGUCUGCUCACUGGGGGCAUGCGGGGUCGGACCCUGAACCCUCGGACCAUUUACCCCGUGUUGCCAAAGCUCCUUGCUCUCCUGCCCUUGUCCUGGCAGAAGCAACUUCCCUGCAAAAGCUAUAGCCAGGACCUCCCCACAGACACCGCUGUGUUCUCAGAGAAGACGAGUAAUGGUAUACUGUGGGGCAGCGGAGACAAGAAAGAAGAGGACAGGUCAUCCCACAAGGGCAGCAGCCCCACCUUUACCCUGCAGGAGACCUCACUGUGAUCUGGAAUCAGGACCCAAGCCUCUCCACACUCAGCCAGGCAGCAGCCAGAGGCUACCCCAUAGUACAAGGAUGAUUCACUUGAUAUGUUCUGCAGGAUGGUUAAGGAUGUGGAGGACCUAGCCCACACCAAGGGUCCUUGUUUUUAAAGGCUCUAACCUGUAGUAGAAGUUGUCCCGUCAUGGGGAUGUGAGGAUCAGGCAGGGUUUUUCCUUUUCACUCACAAACCUGCCCUCUAGAGGACUAGGCUUUCAGGGGGCAGGAUUGUGCCAGAAAAGGGGAUAGAAGGUAAUCCUCUGGGAAUAUGACAAUGCCUUCUAAUUCAACAUGGCCAAGAUCCUCUGAAGUGAAUAGAAACAGCGUUUCUGGUUGUGACUGCCCUAGGGCCCAGUUUGGCAAGAUUGAUCACCUGUACCAUAACGCUGUAGUUUUCUUGGCCAGCUAUUGCUUCCCUUGCAAUCCCGUCUAAGCACAGAAUCCGUCAGCCACAAGGGGUUCCUGUGACUACCCUCAGGUUGUUUGUGACACCCCAGUCUCUCUCAUCCUUCUCUGCUGACCUCUAUUCUUGAGAGGGAAGGCUUUGGUGCCCCUGGGAGGCCUCAGAAUAGAAAUGUUUCUCUCCUUUCUGGAAAGUAGGGAAGUUUUCCACAUCACUACCCCCACCCUCCACUGUUGAUCCAAGGAAACUAGUGCCAUUGCCAGGCCCACUGGAGCAGCUGUUCCUCUGACUUCUGAGCCGUGCCACCUAGUGUCUUCUGUGCUUCUAUUUCCUUUUGGAGUUUCUUCACCUCAUAUCUUUGUUCCUAGGGAAUAAAAACUACCAUUGGACCUAUAAUCUGGGCUCCUAUACUGUCUCCAACUGCUCUUGUCCACCAACGCCAUCCCUUCGACAAGAUAAAGAGCUCUCUCAUGGUGAACAGAUGUUCUUCCUCAGCUGAGAAGGGACCGGUUCUGGUUCAUUGUGGUUUCAAAUCUGAGACCUAGCAUUUCUUCAGGGGCAGCAUUCUGUUUACUGGGAUGCAGAUGCACACUCUCACUGAUUCUCCCUUCCUAUCCCCUGUGGCUCAGUCUGUCCUGUUAGGCCCCUUGUGUCCUUGCCAAGACAUUUCCUACUGCUCUGAGAUUUUCGGUUUGGGGGCUGGGGGAAGAAUGCUGCUAACAGGACAUUUGAGGUAGACUUAUGAUCUUGUGAGGAACACU